UGCCGAAGCAAAACUGAGCGAUAAGAGCAUAUACCCGACCUUCGCCAGGACGAUUCCAACAGACGACCUCUUGACCGAAGCCGUAGCCGUUCUCCUGGAGCACUUCAACUGGUACAACGUCAGUAUCGUGUCUUCAUCGGCAUCCAACAAGAUCAGUGUAAGCGAGAGCCUGCAACUGAAGCUGCCAGCCAAGAAUAUAUACAUCAGCGACGUUAAGGUGUACACGAGUCCUUACAUCCCUCCUCAGUUUGAAGCAGAUAAAGAGGAACCAGAGAUGCGUAAGAUUGUAAAGGAGACCUACGAGCACACUAGAAUCUACAUAUUUUUUGGUGAGAUCUGGGAAGUUUACGAACUGCUGAACGAGAUGAAUUUCCAUGGGCUGCUGGAAAACGGUGAAUACAUGGUGAUAUAUGCCAAUCAAGAGAACUACGAUGACAAACAACUUCAUCUAUUUCAAGGAGAUCCUUACCUCCGUCAGCCUUCUUCGAAGGUAAUGAUGUAUUACCGGACGUUGUUGGCGCUCUUCCUUUCACCUGCUACCGACCCGAGCUACAAGGAUUUCAAACGGAGGGCAUAUCAACAACUUCAGGAAGAGCCCUUCAAUUUCCCCUUUGGGGAAGAAAAAGACCCUAUGGGAAUUCCUAUCGAGGCUGCCUAUCUCUAUGAUAACGUGUAUAAUGUGUAUGCCCCGGCACUCAACGAGACCUUAGCCGAGGGUUACAGCAUUAGGAAUGGAACAGAGAUCCUCAAAAGGAUUCUUUGCAGGAAACACGCCAGUAUUACGGGGAGACCGAAGUAUAUUGAUGCACGUGGUGAUGCCUACGCUGAUAUCACUGUCAUUGGUGUCAAGCUCGGUGAAGAAGUUGAUGAAAAAUUUGGAUAUAUCAUGCAUCCAGUGGCCACCAUCAAAAUCACCAACAGUACACCGGAAGUUGAAAGAUCAUGUCUAGGAAAUGGUACAUCGUUUCAAUGGGUUUACGAGCCGAUCAAUGGCACCUUUAUCCCAUGGAUCAGCGGUGGCGUACCUCUGGCUGUCCCCAAGUGUGGGUUCUAUGGUGAAUUCUGUGAUACGCCAUACAGACCCGUUGUCGAGAUCGUAUCGGGGGUCGUCGGCGGUCUCCUCCUCAUCAUCCUCAUCGUCGCCAUCGCCGUGUAUCGAAAUUGGAAAUACGAACAAGAGCUUGCAAGUCUCCUGUGGAAGAUUGACUAUGCAGAUAUUCAAACUAAACGUCACAAUGGUUCAACUAUAUCAGCGAUUAGUAAGCUAAGUCUUAUGACAACAGACAGUAAGAAUUCAAUAGAUCCUUACAGAUGUCAGAUCUUCACUGAAGUAGGAACAUAUAAGAACAUGCUGGUCGCUAUCAAAAAGAUUCACAAGAGACACGUGGACCUGACCAGAUCCGUGAGAAAAGAACUGAAAAUCAUGAGGGACUUACGUCAUCCUCACCUUAAUCAGUUCAUCGGCGCAUGCGUGGAUCCACCCAACAUAUGCACCAUCACAGAGUAUUGUCCUAAAGGAAGUUUACAGGAUAUCUUGGAAAAUGAUGAAGUCAAGCUGGACAGUAUGUUCAUUGCAUCUUUAAUCGGAGACAUUUUAAAAGGUUUGAGCUGCCUGCACGCUAGUGAAACACAUUCACAUGGCAACCUCAAAUCCAGCAAUUGUGUGGUGGAUAGCCGAUGGGUGCUGAAGAUAACGGACUUCGGGUUACACCAGUUUAGGAGCGGUAGCAACCCGCCGGAGAUUGGAGAACAUGCGAAAUACGAAAAACUUCUGUGGCGGUCCCCCGAGCUUCUCCGAGACCCUGCACCAAGACCAGAGGGUACCCAGAAAGGAGAUAUGUAUGCACUAGGUAUCAUCCUUUAUGAGAUGGCUACGAGACAGGGACCGUACGGCAAGUGCGUCUUGGGGCCAAAGGAAAUAGUUGACAAAGUGACACACCCAUUGGACCCUAACACACCGUUCAGACCCAAUGUGAUGGAGGUGGAGGAUUGUCCUAGCUGUAUGCUGACCGGUAUGCAGGAAUGCUGGCGGGAAAUCCCUGAUGAUAGACCGGAUGUCAAAACCCUUACGACACGACUGAAACCCCUCCAAAAGGGAAUGAAACCAAAUAUCUUGGAUAACAUGAUAGUCAUCAUGGAGAAGUACGCAAAUAACCUAGAAGACAUUGUAGAAGAUAGGACCCAUCAACUUCUUGAAGAGAAGAAGAAGACAGAUAAUCUACUCCACCAGAUGUUACCAAAACCUGUGGCGAAUCAGCUAAAACGUGGAAUGCAGGUUGUUCCAGAAUCGUUUGAAUGUGUCACAAUUUUCUUCAGUGAUAUAGUUGGCUUUACAAGCUUGUCCUCAGAGAGUACACCCUUCGAGGUGGUUGACAUGCUGAACGACCUCUACACACUCUUCGACGAGAUCAUCAGCUACUACGAUGUGUACAAAGUGGAGACCAUCGGUGACGCUUACAUGCUGGUUUCUGGACUUCCUCUACGGAACGAGAACAAGCACGCAGCCGAGAUAGCUUCGACAUCACUCCACCUGCUGGAUGCUGUAAAGGCCUUCAAGGUUCGACAUCGACCUGAUGUCAACCUGAAGCUGAGGAUUGGCAUCCAUUCAGGGUCGACUGUAGCCGGAGUUGUCGGGUUGACUAUGCCUCGAUAUUGUCUCUUUGGAGAUACCGUCAAUACUGCAUCAAGAAUGGAGUCGAACGGAGAAGCCCUCAAGAUUCAUACCAGCUCGGAGACCAAGAAUCUUCUGGAACAAAUAGGUGGCUUUGAUGUAGAUGAACGUGGCCUUAUCAGCAUGAAAGGCAAAGGCCAGUUGGUCACCUACUGGUUGUUAUCCGCUGACCCUUCAUAUCGCCGAAGCUCUCCAUUCCGAACUGCGGAAGAAAACUUAACCGUCGGCUUAUUUGAUUCCCCGCAUGGCAACCACUCAAAUCGCCAUUCUAAGAUCAACUCACAGCCACAGAAGGAAGCAUUUGCUAAGCGUCUGGAAGCCGAUGGUCGACCUUCUAAUCCCGACGUAUGCCGUGACGUCAUUAAACCUUUCCCAGAUCAAACUGGCGUUGACCGCCAGAGACCGCAUUCCAUGUUUGCACCCGGUACUCACGGCGGUACUCCAAACCACUUUCCCAACUCGACUCUCAUUGAUUUCAGCCAGCUGAACAACUCGAAUGAAAAUUCUCCCAAAGUUACAGACCGAUUACUUGGACACCUCGAUAGACACGAUAGCAGCGAUGCAAAGCUGGAUUUGUCAUCAUGCACGAAUUCGCUGUUAGACAAGCGUCAGAGGCUAAAUGACAGUGCCUUGGAAUACUCUAGCAGAAACAGUAACAGCCAGAUCAAGGAAGGUCUUCUUGACAGCGAAGUUGAGACCGUUGUAUGAGGGCGCUGUAUCUUUUUUAAAAAUGACUGCAGGAAGAGGGUCUUCACAAGAAACCCCGACAAACUCAUGUGACUUUCAAAAGCACAGUACUACGUUAUUAUGAGUAAACUUUUACGGGAUGUUGUUCUCUUGUGUUGAUGCACUCAUUGUUAUGCUUUGUUGCCGAACUUUUGGCAAGCGGUGAAUAACAUUCAGAUGUAUAUCCCGAUAUUACAAACUGAUGGCAGCAUUAUUCGUGUUUAGCCUGUAUAAUGGAUAUGUCUUUUGAGUCCGCAUCUGUGUAAAUAUGUCAUUCGUUGCGAUUCACGGUGAAAUGUAUGUAUAAUGGAUAAGCACUCUAUGAAAAUAAAUCCACCUUUAUCACGUUUAUCAAGGCAUUCAUUUCGGAAAACUUAAUUUAUCUGUGAAUUUAAAGGAUUUGAAUUCAUCAGUCAUGGAUGACAGCCUCGUCGUGGAACACAGUUCUUGUAAAUUUGAAACCACUUGGACAAGAGUUAGGAAGGUUUUCUUUUAAACGUGCAAGUCCAUUUAAGAGAGUGACGUGGCAGCUUUCACAUUGCAUGGAAAAAAAUGGAUUUUACUCUUUUUCAAGCUGGAUGGAAAUAACAAUGGUUUUAUCUUUAUCAUGACAGUCUUUGUUUACAUUGUUGUUUUGCAUUGUUAUAAUUGUUAUAUGUUUUGCAACGAUUGUAAAACCAAACUAUUAGAUGAUCAUUGGUGACUACUAUGGAUUCUUCACAUGCCGAUGUAAGUGUUUCCAUCAUCAAGGUUGAGUUCUCUUUUACACCGCAUCCCUUCAUGAAGCGGCACUUUGAUAAUAUAUCGCAAGCACGUCAUACAGUUCAGGAUAAAGAUAACUGUAUAUAUGUAUACAUUCAUUUCGUUGCAGUAGAUGAUGUGGAAAUACAUACAAUUUCUCUGUAGACACAAAUUCAGUCUACCCUAUGCGAUUGCUUCAGUGGUGGAACUCAUUUCCUUCGUUCAAAUGUGAAUGCAAUACUUUUUGCAGCAAUUUUGUAGAACAGAGUCUUUUACAUGACGUAUCAAGUGUGUUAUUCGUUAUCAUUUAGUAAACGUUAAUACAGGGAUGCCAGAUCAUUAAUCUCCCUUCGAACCUGAUGUCAGCACAUUGCCGAAUACCAACUUUCUGUUGGCAACGGAAAGACAACGAAAUUCCAAAUCAAUAUUUUUGGGAAUUCUGUAGUUACCGUGUUUACAUGGGAUCUAUUUUAUGUUUCUUGAUAAACUUCUGGUAUCCCUGUAACCUUACGUUUCACAAUUCUAACUUCGAGAUAUCUAUUGAGCUUCUAGUAUUACUAAAAACACGCAUCGUGUUCGAACAGUUUUGUGUGAAUGCUGACGUAACCUAUUACGUCACUGCUUCAAAGAGCUGGGUAUGGACCAAAUUUUCAGAAGUGAAGUCAGAAAAGUAGUUUGUUUGGACUGCAAAAAAAGAGUCGAAAAACCAGGAGAUCGAUUUUUGAAAGGUAGCGGGAAUAGCAUGAAUGUAAAAUGAUGGUAGGAAUAUUUCCAUAAUCUCAUUUUCCCCGCCGGUUGAGUUUCACUGUGAAUUAAUCUUGAUUUUCUUGUUCUCGUGCAAUUUGUUUGAUGUUUUGUCUUAAUGCCAAAAGGGCAUAUUUUCCUUAUUCACAAAGUUAUUGUGUAUGUAAUAUAAUAGUAAUGUGCUGAUUUGGGCGGCCACACAACUUUCGAUACGGGAAAUACGAUCUAAAGGUGAUGUGAUUGUCCUCAAUGGAAUAAAAGGGGUAAUAAACUUACACAACCAAGGCCUGUAUUCAUUUGCCUUCUUUCUUCCAGUUUCGUCCUUUGUUCUUAAAAAUCAUAUGAGGUGAUCACUCCUUGUCCCUACCCAGAAGCGCCGUCCCAGGUCGUAUCCGGAAUCCUAUAGAGUGUAUAGAUGAUUACUUAGAUAGGUGAUAUGUUUGAUCAUUAUCUCAUGUAGAUAUUUAAGUCUCAUUGCCUACGGAAAGGUGCAAUAUCAGAUUACAUGCCAUAAGAAUUUAAAGUUAUUGAAUAUACAUUUGAUUUUUCAUUUGGAUUUAAAAAACCAAAUACGCAAUAAGAAUUUUGAGACGUUCAGCAAGUGUCAUUUUCACCUAGGUUAAGGAUAUAGGACUGUUGUGCUUAAAUAAGAUAAUAUCCCAGUUAUUUAUAUUGUAAAUGUAAUUACAUGCUAUAUCAUAGAAUAUAUUUAUUAUAAAAAUAUAAGACGAUAUUUGUUUUGAAGGUUGAUGAACGCCCCCUCUCUAACCACCCCCCCCCCUCCAUGGGAUAUACCAUUUGUAUUUUCAUCUUUUUCCCGAUUUAUCUAAACGAAAAUUGUACUAUUGAAAGCAUAUUCUAUUGCUGGUCCAAUUCCCAAUGCAAAUCAGAAAUCUCAAAUCUUUUAAUUACCUAAUUUUGAACCACCUUCUUCCUAAAGAUAAAUUAAUCCUCUUUAGGAUGUAUGCGAGAAGAAAGGCAGGUUUAGUCAAUCGGGAAUUAUUGUUAUUUUCAUAUUUUGUUAUUGAUAGUCUUUUUAGUCUCCUCACUCUUCUUAUUCUUCUCCUCCUCCUUCUCCUCCUACUACUACUUCUUCUUCUCCUUUUUAUCCUUCUUUUUUUUCCUUCUUCUUCCUCUUCUUCUUCUUCUUCUUGUUCUUCUUCAUCAUAUUUUAUCAUUAUUAUUAUUAUUAUUAUCGUCAUUAUUAUUAUUGUUAUCAUUAAUGUUAUUAUUGUUAUUUUUAUCAUUAUUUUCAUUAUUAUUAUUAAUACUAGUAUUCUCCUUCUUCUUCUUCCAAAUCGUUUUGCUCUAUGUCAUAUUUUCUUUAUUAUUCGUCUUGUUUUAAAUGCUAAAUUGUUCAAAAGUUAAACUAGGGUAAGCUAUCGUUGUUGUAUGAGCAUGAUAACUGCGAUAUUUUCUGUGUCGGCAAAGGCCAUAAUGACGUAUGUUAUAGAAUGUAAAUUUACCAAUUCGCCCAUGAAGGGAUAUUUAUUAAUAUAUUGUUACUGGGCAUGGAGCAUUAAUAAUUAUUAUUCUAAAGCUUGAAUUUAGCUCAGAUUUGGGUAAUACCCUGAUUAUCAUAUUAUAUCUUAGAUGUGUAUAUGAUAUAAUGUAUUUAGGUACUAAGUAAUAUAAUGCACUAUGUAUUAAAUAGUAAAGAUUGUUGGAGUGUCAAUGUAUAUCUAUUAUGUGACGGAUUUCUUCAUGACCAAUCAAAAGUACUACAAUUUAAUUGCUUUUGAUUAGAUAAUUAUACGUAGACAAAAUGUGUACAAAGUAGUUUUGAAGUGUUUGUGUUAUAUGUAUUACUAUCAUUAUGGACACCGUAUUAUCAUGAAA